AUGUCUACAACGACUGUACUGCGUCCCAGUGUUGUCUAUGCUAAACAUGCACUAAGGUUCAACUCUACGGCCACCACUGGAUUUUUGGAAAAAUUCCCCACUUUAUCUAAAUCAGACUUAAAUGAAGACGGUACUCCGGAUUACACCAAAUUGAUCUUGACUUCAAGGGUCUAUGACGCUUUGGAUGAGACUCCCAGCACUCCUGCACCAUUGUUAUCGAAGAAGACAAACUCAAAUGUUUUCUUAAAACGUGAAGACUUGACUCCUGUUUUCUCCUUCAAAUUAAGAGGUGCUUACAAUAUGAUUGCAAAUUUGUCAAAGGAGGAGAAAUCAAAGGGUGUUAUUGCAUGUUCGGCCGGUAACCACGCACAGGGUGUGGCUUAUUCUGCGAAAAAACUAGGUAUCAAUGCCACCAUUGUGAUGCCAUUGGCUACCCCUUCAAUUAAAUUCCAAAACGUAUCAAGAAUGGGAGCCAGGGUCGUCUUAUACGGGGACGACUUUGACAGUGCUAAGGCCGAGUGUGAUAGAAUGUCUGCUGAGUUUGGAUUCACCAACAUUCCUCCCUUUGAUCACCCAUUAGUCAUUGCGGGUCAAGGUACAAUUGCUUUGGAAUUGUUACGUCAAAUAAAGUCGAAUAGAAUGUCUGCAGUCUUUGUCGGUAUUGGCGGUGGUGGUAUCAUUGCAGGUAUUGGCGCCUACAUUAAAAGAUUUGCCCCACAUGUUAAAGUCAUUGGUGUUGAAACCUUCGAUGCUGAUGCUAUGUACCAAUCUUUACAAAAGGGUGAACGAGUCAAACUUGAAAAGGUGGGAUUGUUUGCCGAUGGUACCGCUGUCAAACUGGUUGGCGAGGAAACUUUCAGAGUUUGCAAGGAAUUCGGUAUUGAUGAAAUCGUUCAUGUUAACACUGAUGAAAUUAGCGCUGCUAUAAAGGAUGUCUUUGAAGAUACUAGAUCUAUACUUGAGCCUUCUGGCGCAAUGACUGUGGCGGGAAUGAAACGUUAUAUUGCAAACCAUCCUGAGAUUGACCACUCGGACAAAACCUAUGUUCCUGUGUUGUCUGGUGCAAACAUGAAUUUCGAUCGUCUCAGAUUUGUAUCAGAGCGUGCGGUUUUAGGUGAAGGUAAGGAAGUAUUCCUUGGUGUCCAAAUUCCAAAUGUUCCUGGUAGCUUUAGAAAAUUACAAUCAAUUAUCCAUCCAAGAUCAGUUACUGAGUUUUCUUACCGUGCACCAAAUGAUUCUACAAUGGGUGAUAUCUACACUUCCUUUAGCGUUCAAGAUAAGGACAAGGAAUUGAAGGAUGUGUUGGAGAAAAUCGAAAAACUUGGUUUCAAAGCUUAUGAUUUGACAGAUAAUGAAAUGGCCAAGUCCCACGGUAGAUAUUUAGUUGGUGGUAAGAAUAAUUUGAGAGAGAAAAUAACCCAUUUCGAAUUCCCUGAAAGACCUGGUGCCUUAGACUCUUUCUUAGACUUGUUGAAUUCAGAUUGGAAUUUAACUUUAUUCCAUUACCGUAAUCACGGUGAUGAUAUCGGUAAGGUUCUCACCGGUAUUGAUGUUGCUGAAGGUGAUGAAGACAGAUUCCAAGAAUUUUUGAACAAAUUAGGGUACAAGUAUACAGAUGAAACCAAUAACGAAGUUUUCAAAUUAUUCCUUAAAGAUUAA